GACGUUGUACGCAUGUCUUCUGCAGUGCGCGCACAGCCUGGCAAUGCAGAGAGCGUAGUGCAUUCGGUGAGGUCAUGUUUGUAGCUGGACAACAUAAUAGCGAAAUUUGUAUUAUCCUUAUAAAUAAACKGAAUUCAUCGUCAAGAACGCGGACUAUUGUGGAGAAUCGAGGAGUGAUCAUUCUGUAUUUUGUUGACUGAGUACAGAGAGCAUAGUUUGGAUGCCCAGAAAGCAGCUCCUCAAGGUUUCAUCAUGAAUAAAAACAAGCGAGGAGAAGAGAGGGAGCUCUACAGUUUAGAUGUCGGAGAUUCCACCUUCACUGUUCUGAAAUGCUACCAGAAUCUAAGGCCCAUCGGCUCAGGAGCACAGGGAAUCGUCUGUUCAGCGUAUGACCACAACCUUGAGAGAAAUGUGGCUAUUAAGAAGUUAAGUCGGCCGUUCCAGAACCAGACGCAUGCCAAGAGAGCGUACAGAGAACUGGUGUUAAUGAAAUGUGUCAAUCACAAAAAUAUCAUUGGCCUAUUAAACGUAUUCAGCCCACAAAAAUCAUUAGAAGAAUUUGCAGAUGUAUACAUUGUGAUGGAGUUGAUGGAUGCCAACUUGUGCCAGGUGAUUCAGAUGGAGCUGGAUCAUGAGAGGUUGUCCUACCUGCUCUACCAGAUGCUGUGUGGCAUCAAACACCUCCACGCUGCCGGCAUCAUACACAGGGAUCUAAAGCCCAGUAACGUUGUGGUGAAGUCAGACUGUACGUUGAAGAUCUUGGACUUUGGCUUAGCUCGGACGGCGGCUACAGGUCUGCUGAUGACACCCUACGUAGUGACCAGAUACUACAGAGCACCAGAGGUCAUACUGGGGAUGGGCUACCAGGCCAACGUGGACAUAUGGUCUGUGGGGUGUAUUCUGGCAGAAAUGAUCCGCCACAAAAUCCUGUUCCCAGGAAGGGACUACAUUGACCAGUGGAACAAGGUGAUAGAGCAGCUUGGGACUCCGCCCCAGGAGUUCCUGAUGAAGCUCAACCAAUCAGUGAGGACGUACGUAGAGAACAGGCCGCGUUACGCAGGAUACAGCUUUGACAAACUCUUCCCUGACGUCCUCUUCCCUGCAGACUCAGAGCACAACAAACUGAAAGCGAGCCAGGCCAGAGACCUGCUGUCUAAGAUGUUGGUGAUCGACUCGUCUAAGAGGAUCUCUGUGGACGAGGCCCUGAAACACCCCUAUAUCAACGUGUGGUACGACCCAGCCGAAGUGGAGGCGCCCCCUCCGAAGAUCACAGACAAGCAGCUGGAUGAGCGAGAGCAUACGGUGGAGGAGUGGAAAGACCUGAUCUGGAAGGAGGUGUAUGAGUGGGACGAGUGGACCAAGCAGAAUGGCGUGAUCAAAGGACAACCUCUUUUAGGCAAGCAAGCUUCACUUGGGAGAAUAGUAAUACCAUUUCAACUCACCAUUAUUGGAUCCCUGAUGCUAGCUGGCUAAAGAAACAAGAGGCUUAUUUUUUUGCUUACAGUAGCUAUUUGACCAUAGGCUAUUUACUCGCCUGUUCAAAUAUCUCAUGUAAAUCCGGGUUAGUCAAUGUGCUAAAAUGGCAAUUACUCAAUGACUCAUGUGUCACAUUCAUGUUUUUGGAAAUUGCAUAUCAUGUCUAUGUAGGCUAGCCUGCCACUGUAACUACAAUGCUCUGGCAGUCACGCUGAAAGGUUUAGGAGGCUACUGUCAGAAUAUUCACGUCAAGUCCAUCGCAUCAGCUCGUGUUGUGGGUGUGAUUUUUUUCUAUCUUUUUUUUUUUACAAAGAUGCUUCAGGGAGUCAGAGAUGCGCGACAGGCUCGCAGACUGGUCUGUGCUGAGUUUAUUGAUUACCCAUCCCGUGUGCUAAGGGGGGAAAUAUAUAUAUUUAUGCCAUGGCCCGCCGGGCAGCAAGCCAGGGAAAAAACACACUACUGUCCCCUGUGCCCAAUAAAAAACCAUGCAACCCCCCCAGAAAGCAAAAAAAAUGACAAGUAACAGUAACUAACGCACUUUUAUACAUCGUGCUAUUCUGUACAAUUUACCUUAUUUUAGUGCCCCAAAAACGUAAUACUUCCAGGUCAACUGUAAUAUGAAUACAAAUUGUAAAGC